GGCGUUGAGAGCGGCACCGACGGAGCAAGGCCAAGAUGGCGGCUUCCAGGGCGCUGCUCUCCGGCUGGCGAGGCCUGGUCUCCGGGUUUCUAUGGGGCGGCUGGGCCAGGGUCUCGUCCCGGGGGCUCCGGAAGGUUGUAGAAAGGACAGAAGGGAACACAACUGUUAUUGAAGGUGAGGUUCUGGACGUUGUAGAAGCUCCAACUCCUCCAAAUCCCUCUGGGCAAUGUCCUAUAUGUCGCUGGAAUCUGAAGCACAAAUACACUUAUUCCGACGUCUUGCUGCUUAGUCAGUUCAUACGCUCUGAUGGAGGGAUGCUGCCUCGGAGUGUCACAGGCCUUUGUACAAUAGAGCAUAAGAAGAUUGCAGUGUGUGUCCAAAUGGCUCAUCGAGCAGGUUUGCUGCCAAAUCAUAGGCCUAAACGCCCAGAAGGUUUUGUUCCAAAAAAGAAGAUAACUCUCAACAGGUAUCUUACCCGGUAUUCUGUCAGAUCUGUGAAGCCCAUCUACAACAAGGGCCGAAAGUGGUGCAAGGUUCCCAUGCCAAUAUCACAUCCCAUCCUCAAAGAUAAUGUUAAUUAUGGAUCAAAACCUCCCCGGUUUAACCACUAAAGUAAUCAAGGAACUGUACUGGCAGUAAGUUGCAACAGUUCAGUCAGUCCAGUGUUUCAAUUAUUUCUAUGUCUUUUACAUUCAGAAAGAGAAAAGGGAUGUUUCAUUUUGACUGGAAGCAUACAGAAAUCAGAUAAAAAGGCAAUUUACUGUUAGCUUCACAAUAACUUGUUUGCAUUUAAAUCUCAAUUAAACUCUUCAAGUAAA